AAAGUAAACAAAAAGUACACCGUAUCCGCGUGCUUGCAUCCUUCGACCGAACUUGGGGCGCGGUAACAAAGUCCAUCUGGCAAUAGAGACUGUAUUUAUACUCAUAGAGCAUAACCACCCGCACAAUGACGAUCGGCGUUGAUCAAGAGCAACCGCAUGAGGUUGUGACACAGUUAGAAGACGACGAAGAUGAUGUAACGGUAAUCGUGCUUGAAGAUACCGCGGACGAAGAUGAGGUCAUGGCUCAUGGAUGGGUGGAUCAAGAUUCGCCAGAAAUGCAAGAACGUCGCCGGAACGUCUUACUCCGGGAACUCCAACGUGUUCAAAGGGCGAGUUUUACGCACUUUAUGAUAUUGUGCUUGAUACCUACCUCCUUGCUCUUUAUCGUCAUCGCAACUGUCCUCGGUGAAGACGAGGAUUGCCAAUCGAUUGCCACGACGUGCGAGAAAGAACCGAGAACAUUCAUAAAUGCAUUUACAACUCGCUGUGUUUGCGAUGCAAUAACCGUCGUUCGAUCGGAUCCUUGAAUUGACAAAACCAACCGCGAAUGCGAGUGCAUUAUGGCGACAGCUCCGUCGAUUUUGUGUAAAGAGAGAAAACCGAUGUUGGCGGCUGAGUCAAGUCGAAAAAAACAAAUCUCUGUUGUGAUCUAGUAUCACCAGUUUUAAUCGCAUAUGCGAUAAGAUUCAUCUUCAUGAAGUGUUGAAACGAAUAAGGGAAAGCUCGCAAAAUAGUACAGUACAUUACGAUGAGAAAAAUAUUUUCAAAUGUAUGGUUCUCUUCUCUUCCUCACAGAAGACAUUAUAGAAUUAGUAGCAACAUACAUAAGAGUGAACUAGAUACUACAAACUACAAGGUUGUGGUAAAUGUUAACUUAUGUAUGAUAGUGAGGGCGUUGCCUCUUCAAUAUUCUCAAGCAUGAUUCCUCUCUAGCUCAACGGGUUUCUUCAACUCUGGUGACCUGUCAUCCUCUGUAUUCUUGUUGUGUGUUCCCUUGAGAGCCCUCAGGUUUAAUGUCCUCUUAGUUCUAUUGCAUUACAUAUUUUCAAGCMUCAUGGUUGUAUUCAGAUAUGCCUGACUGGUGACUAGAAGUGGGUGAGGGUGUCAAAAGCACUUUUUUCAGCUGAAGUUGAUGAUGACAUAAAAAUGGUAUUCACAG